AUGAAUGAAGUCAGAAGAUGGUGGACUGGUCCUACUUGCAUUGGUGCGGAUAUGAAUGCAGUGAGAUCAAAUGAGGAGAGUAACAGGGGAGAUGGAGAUAGUAGAAACAAUGAUCUUCUAAACAACUACAUAUUGGACAAUGAAAUGAUUGAUCAACCAUUGAUCGGAGGCGCUUUCACUUGGUCCAAUAAUCAUGCUGACCCUCUCUUGUGCAUAUUAGAUAUAUUCUUGUUUAGUCACGACUAUGAGCAGGCUUUCCCUAAUGCUCUCCAAAUUGUGUUAACAAGAACUAUUUCAAAUCAUAAUCCCAUUGUG